UAGUAUCAGCAGUGGUAUCAGCAGCAGUAGGAGGAGGAAGACGAGGGCGGGUUAAUCUCUCGCAGGCGCCCAGAAGAAAGUUCCAGCCGAGGCGGACAUGACCUCCCAGGCCGCUCGCUGCCAGGAUCUAUGCGGCGAUAAGGAGCGCUGAUAGCGGCGUGCGGGUCGAGCCUGAGCUCCCUGACCCGGGCAGCCGAAGAUGGGCCAGACCUCUUCCGUGUCUUCCGUGUCUGACCCAGCCGGCGUUGAUGGUUUGGAGAAAUCGUCAUCACUGGCCGCCUGCGACGUGGUGGUGGACGAUACCCACAGUGCACGGCAGCAGCGAGGCAAGCUGUCCACUCUAGGAAGACUGUUCAAACCCUGGAAGUGGAGGAAGAAGAAGUCCAGUGACAGGUUUCAGGAUCUUUCCAAAGUAUUGGAGAGAAAAAUCUCAACAAGGCAAACCAGAGAGGAGCUCAUCAAAAAGGGAGUGCUCAUCCUGGACCAAGACGAGGACGUCAGCAGAGGAACUCAGAAUGGACACGCCACAUCCAGCGUGUCGCCCGAGCAGGUCAAAGUUGAGAUGGAAACCACGGUGACAAGCCCCGCCCAGCCGGCUGCUGCACCUGUGAGCAAUGACGACAACGCAGGGAGAAGGGAAUCUAAAGCCACGGCCCGGGCUGCUCAGGCUAAAAAACCCCCGACCUCCUCCAGGCCUGCAGGGGGCACUGUGACCCGGCACAGAGACUCUUCCUCUGGGGCUAAAAAGACUGUUAAAGCCCCGGGGAAGCAGGGCUCUUCGGCGCAGGCUAAAGCUAACACGCGGAGUGCUAACAACGCUAGCCGUGCGAUUGCCAAAUCCUCGCAUCCAAAGAAGAGCCAAGGGGGCGGGACAAAAGCCACCGCCCCCACUCCCGCGCCUCGCUCUCGACCACCGAAGGACCCUGCACCACCCAGCGAAGGCGACGAGGCGCGGACCACCCAGAAAGCAGAAAACGGAGCAUCCUCUGUUUCUCCGAAGGCCUCCUCAGAGACUCCCAGUCAGCCCGAGGAAGUCCAAUCCUCUGACAGCUCGUCUAAAGUUUCCCAACACACUCCGUCUGCUCCUCGAGAGCCUCCAGAGGACCAACCCACCUGCGCUGAGGCUCCUGUGGGACAAGACCCCCUCAAAGACACCACCCCCGAAACCCCUGCGGUCCAUGUGAACACUGCCACGGAGGACACUUCCUUCACUGAGGCUGACGCCGACCCCCCGCGGGAGGAAGAACGAGGGAGGAGCGCAGAAGAUGGAUCUGAUGCACAGGAGGAGAAUGGGGAGUCUGCAGAGGAGUCCUGCUCAAGGCCUGCCGACUCUGACGCGGUGAAGCCACCGGGCGGCCUCAGCGUGAACACGGAGAACGCGGAGGUGACGGUCAUCCCUGAUAGGCCGACAGCAGAAUGCCAAACCAGCGACUCGGACUCCGACGGACCCAUCCUGUACCGUGAUGAAGAGGAGGAGGAAGAGGACGAGUACCUUAACAGUUCUCUGGCCAUCAAGAUCCGGCGACGAGACACCCUCAACAUCAAACUCUGCAACCGACCCAGCAAGGCGGAGCUGGAGGAGAAGAACAUCCUACCUCGCAGCUCAGAGACGGAGAGACAUGAGCUCCGUCAGCAGAUCGGCUCCAAGCUCGUCAGGAGCUUGAGCCAAAGACCCACCACGGAGGAACUGGAGCAGAGGAACAUCCUCAAACAGAAGAACGAAGCAGAGGAGCACCAGGCCAAGCAGGAGAUUAAAAGGAAACUCUCCAGAAAGCUGAGCGUGCGACCCACGGUGGCGGAGCUCAUUGCCCGAAGAAUCCUGCGCUUCAACGAGUACGUGGAGGUCACGGACGCCAAGGACUACGACCGGCGAGCAGACAAGCCCUGGACACGCCUCACACCUGCUGACAAGGCUGCCAUCCGCAAGGAAUUAAACGAGUUCAAGAGCAGAGAGAUGGCAGUACAUGAAGAUAGCAAACACUUCACCAGAUUCCACCGGCCUUAAAAUGAGCCAGACGUCAGCAUGGGAACCUCCACCAAGUCCACAGCCCCACCUAACUAAGCCAGGUUUGUCACUGGGUGUCCAACCUGUGGAAGUGUUGCACACCUUGUACCCGCUCACUGCUCACUGCUCACUAGCAGUCCUCUAUUUAUUGUUUGAGAACUUCUUUCCUCUCCCGGCUACAAUCAAGCAGUCUGGAGAGUACUAACCCCAUUGCUGUGAGCUGCAGGAGUCAGUCACUGUCCACAAGGGGGCGCUACAUCGCCUCGUGUCAGCACCAAGUCCACCCUGGAACUGAUGAAGGAUUUGAAACUUUUAAAUGUUGCAUUCCCUCCUUUUAGCUUGUGCCAAAAAGCAAACUAUAUUUAUGUUUCUGAUUUUUUUGCUCAUCUUUUCCCACCACAAGUGGCUUGUACUCCACAAACCCACUUGGGAUGCUUUUGCGGCAUGGAAGUAUAAAAUGUCGACCAGCCUUUAGCGACACGCUAGCGAGGUCGUGCUAAAACAGGGGUGUCCAAACUUUUUCCACUGAGGGCCACACACGGAAAAAUUUUAGCAUGCGGGGGCAUUUUGAUAUUUUUAAUUUUCGAAUCAUAACAAAAUAUAUGUUUUUUUUUUUUUAAGCUUAAGGGCUCCCGGGGGACCAUAAGGGGUCUCGGUCAUUACAAUGUUCAAAAUAAGUCAAAUUAUUAUUAUUAUUAUUUAUUUACAUUUAACAGUAAAUCUCUAUAUCAACUUCAAGUUGAUAUAAAGUAAAAAAAAAAUAAAAAAAGCCUUGUCAAAGACGACUUUGUUUUUGGGGCGGUAUAGCUCAGUUGGUAGAGUGGCCGUGCCAGCAACUUGAGGGUCGCAGGUUCGAUCCCCGCUUCCGCCAUCCUAGUCACUGCCGUUGUGUCCUUGGGCAAGACACUUUACCCACCUGCUCCCAGUGCCACCCACACUGGUUUGAAUGUAACUUAGAUAUUGGGUUUCACUAUGUAAAGCGCUUUGAGUCACUAGAGAAAAGCGCUAUAUAAAUAUAAUUCACUUGAUAGUAAAACUGAAUUAUGCAGUGUUUAGUAAUUAGAGCCCUAAAAGAUCAAUAAUGCAGGACUUUUAAUUCUUUAAUAUUUUUUGAGUAAUCACAGUGAAAAGUAAAUUUUAAAAAAUCCCACAAAAUAUAUUUGGGAUCCAAAAGGUUCCUCACUCAUAAAGUGAUACAUUUUUAUUAUUAUUUUUACUUUCAGGUCAACUUAAAUAUAUGUCGAUUUUACUUUUGAACUGUUAUUUUGUUUCUUUUAUGCUCUCUUGUCAAAAAAAAACAAUGUUUUUAUUGAACCACACAAUAUAUGCAAUAGUUUUUUCCACAUAAAACAUUUUAAAGUGACAUUUUUGAAGUAAUUGCAGCCAUGAAUAGGUCAAUAAUUCAUUAUAACAUAGAUUUUGUGUAUUUUUUUUUUUUUUGGGAGCAAUGGCAAAAAAAAUUAAUAAAGGAAGACCAAAAAGAGUUUGCAUGGCAGCUUUGUGUCAACAUUGCAACUUUUUCUCCUUUUUAAAUGUUUUUUUUUGUUUUGUUAUAUUUUUGCAAUACUAUCAAUUGUGCAAUUUAUACCGGGCCGGUAAACGAUUAGCUGUGGGCCGCACUUUGGACACCCCUGUGCUAAAACAUUGUUACAACGCUGAAUUGUGUCCGCACAAUGCUGCUCCGACCCUAAAUGCUGCUUUUCUCUCACUCCUCAGAUUGAAGCUACUUGAUAUUAAAGGCCUACUGAAAUGAAAUGUUCUUAUUCAAACGGGGAUAGCAGCUCCAUUCUAUUUGUCAUACUUGAUCAUUUCGCCAUAUUUUUGCUGAAAGGAUUUAGUAGAGAACAUCCACGAUAAAGUUUGCAACUUUUGGUCGCUAAUAAAAAAGCCUUGCCUGUACCGGAAGUAGCAGACGAUGUGCGCGUGACGUCACGUGCUGUGGAGCUCCUCACAUCUGAACAUUGUUUACAAUCAUGGCCACCAGCAGCGAGAGCGAUUCGGACCGAGAAAGCGACGAUUUCCCCAUUAAUUUGAGCGAGGAUGAACGAUUCGUGGAUGAGGAAAGUGAGAGUGAAGGAUUAGAAAAAAAUAAGACUAUACAGUGGGAGCGAUUUAGAUGUUAUUAGAGACAUUUAGUAAGAUAACUGGAAAAUCCCUUAUCUGCUUAUUGUGUCACUAGUGUUUUAGUGAAAUUAUAUGGUCAUACCUGAAAGCCGGAGGGGUGUGGUGACCGCCAAUGUCUCUGAGGGAAGCCACGUUUCUCGACGGCAGCCGUUGGGGCCGGGCUGAGAUUUUUUUUCCCCCCUCCUCCACGGUGGGAGCAUCCCACGUUUGGGGGCGGUUGAUCGGAGGAGGCAAGAUAGUCCGCAGCUGCCUCUUUGGCAGGUGCACGAGGAACGACGCAAGCUCUCCGCUCAUGUCUACGGCAAGAGCCGACUUAUUACCACAAUUUUGUCACUGAAACCUGACAUGUGGUAGGGAACCAUGUUCGCUUGACCGCUCUGUUCCAUAGUAAAGCAAACAAGGAAACACCGGCUGUGUUUGUGUUGCUAAAGGCGGCCGCAAUACACCGCUUCCCACCUACAUCUUUCUUCUUUGACGUCUCCAUUAUUAAUUGAACAAAUUGCAAAAGAUUCAGCAACACAGAUGUCCAGAAUACUGUGUAAUUAUGCGAUGAAAGCAGACGACUUUGGCUGGGAUCGGGCUGGAACAAAAUGUCCGCUACAAUCCGUGACGUCACACGCACGUGUCAUCAUACCGCGACGUUUUAGCAUGAUACUUCGGCGCAAGAUUUAAAAUUGCAAUUUAGUAAAUUAAACCGGCCGUAUUGGCAUGUGUUGCAAUGUUAAUAUUUCAUCAUUGAUAUAUAAACUAUCAGACUGCGUGGUCGCUAGUAGUGGCUUUCAGUAGGCCUUUAAAUGUUAGCUUUUUGCUAGCUAAGUAAAAACAACCCUCAUUUCCGAGUCUGCACUUUGUAUUUAUUCUUGCUAAAAGAGAAGUGUGAUUGACAAGAAACAACAACAAAGCCACAAUGUGAUUCUUCUAAAGAUCUUUUUCUUCUAUAUUUGUUUUGGUAGGAAAACAGGAGCUAUUAUAAAAUGUUGACGAGUCAUUCCGUCGCUAAUGCGCUUGUGCUAACCGUUAAAAAGUCAAGUUGCUACUGCUUCCAUGCUAAAACGCUGCUUUUAGUGUCAUUCCUCAAAGUAAAAGUAGAUGAUAUUAAAGUAGCAAAUGUUGACAUUUUGCUAGCUAAGUGUAGCUAACUCAAAAGAACCCUCAUUUCCACAUGUUUCCAAGUCUGCACUUUGUAUUUAUUAAAAUUGUAUGAGUUGUUAUUUCUUACCUGAGAAACACAAGUUGUGUUUGUUUCUCCAACAAAAAGUAGACGUUUGUCGUGGUGAGUUAGCUUAGCGCUCGGAGAUUAGCUCACACUUUUGUUCAAUCAAUCUUCCAAACAACACAAUUUAAAUCCGAGAAACUAAUCAGCUUUUACUUUUUUUUUGGGAGCUGCUUUUGUUUCUUAAGCAAGACUUUUGGUACCACUUAUAGUAAAUAUGAAGACCUCAGACUCGCCAAGCUGUGUUAGCUUAGCAUAAAACUGGACAGUUUUUUUUAACGGGGAUGCUUGGAUUAUGGUUCGUAUUGUUGUGUGAUUAAUACGCAAAUGUUCAAAAGCUUGCUUAGCUAGUCUCGCACUUCGGUAUUUAUGCUAAGCUAGGCUAGCUUGCACUUGCUAAGAGCGAAGUGUGAUUGACAAGAUAAUUUUGCUCCAACAACAAAUAAUUAUUCUAAAGAUCUUUUUCUUCAAUAUUUUCUUUGGGGGGGAAAGAGGAGCUAUUAUAAAAUGUUGAUGACUCAUUCCGCCGCUACCAUCAUAGCUAGCUCGCUAAUGUGCUUGCGCUAACUGUUAAAAAGUCAAGUUAAUACUGCUUCAAUGGUAAAACGCUGCUUUUAGUGUCAUUCCUCCAACUUAAACGCAAGUAUUCCCAUGACAUUAAAAGCAGCUAGCUAGUUAGCAUUCUGCUAGCUACAUCCGGCUCACUUUAAAGCGCUCUAAUUUCAAACCUGCACUUUGUAUUUAUUCAAAUGCUGCAAGUUUUUUUAUUUAACUGGGAAACUCUUUUUGUUUUAUCCGACAAAACUCCCGAAAUAGACUUUGAAGUAGAAAGUAGCCGGCUCAGAGUUAGCGCUUCUGUGGUUUAGCCUCCAAAAUACUGGAGUGAAACAGCAAACGUAAUCAGAACCUUCAGUUUGGGGCCGACUUUAGUCCCUAAACACGAUGUCGGGGACCACUUAGGUCUGAUGAGCCACAAAGAUGUUAGCUUAGCUACUUUAUUUGAACACAUUAAGAUGCUAGCUCGACAUUCGGUCCCCAUGCUAAGCUACCUUGCUCUCCGACAAUCAAAGUGUGGCGCUGAUUAGAUCUGUUUGCUACAAACCUCAAAGCAAAAAAGUGAUCAUUGAAUAUUGUUUUUUUAGCUAAAUAAGGAACUAUUAGCUUAACGAGGGGUAGUAUUCUGACAUUGUGUACUUCCUGCCCUCAAAGAGAUGUUGUAUAUGAACAUAAUGAUGACAAUUGCCUUCAGAGAGAUGUUGUAUAUGAACAUAAUGAUGUUAAUUGCCUUCAAAGAGAUGUUGUAUAUGAACAUAAUGAUGUUAAUUGCAUUCAAAGAGAUGUUGUAUAUGAACAUAAUGAUAAUAAUUGCCUUCAAAGAGAUGUUGUAUAUGAACAUGAUGAUAAUUGCCUUCGUAGAGAUGUAUAUCAGGGGUCACCAACCUUUUUGAAAGCAAGAGCUACUUCUUGGGUACUGAUUAAUGCGAAGGGCUACCAGUUUGAUACACACUUAAAUAAAUUGCCAGAAAUAGCCAAUUUGCUCAAUUUACCUUUAAUAAAUAAAAUAAAAAAUAUAUAGUCGUACAUUUUUUUUUCCUAAUAUGGAAUAUUUUUUGUAGAGAAUAAUUGAUGAAAAAAACACUUAAUUGAACGGUUUAAAAGAGCAGAAAACACGAAACAAAUUUAAAUUUAAUUUUGAAACAUAGUUUAUCUUCAAUUUCAACUAUGUAAAAUUCCAAAAUUCUACCGAAAAAAAGAAGAGGAAAAAACUAGCUAAUUCGAAUCUUUUUGAAAAAAUUAAAAAAAGAAUUUAUGGAACAUCAUUAGUCAUUUUUCCUGAUUAAGAUUCAUUUUAAAAUUUUGAUGACAUGUUUUGAAUAGGUUAAAAUCCAAUCUGCAUUUUGUUAGAAUAUAUAACAAAUUGGACCAAGCUAUAUUUCUAGCAAAGACAAAUCAGUAUUUCUUCUAGAUUUUCCAGAACAAAAAUUUUAAAAUAAAUUCAAAAGACUUUGAAAUAAGAUUUAAAUUUGAUUGUACAGAUUUUCUAGAUUUGCCAGAAUAUUUUUUUUUAUUUUAAUCAUAAUAAGUUUGAGGAAAUAUUUCAAUAAUAUUCUUCGUUAAAAAAAGCUAAAAUGAAGAAUUUAAUUAAUAUGUAUUUAUUAUUCUUUACAAUAAAACAAAUAAAUGUACUUGAACAUUGAUUUAAAUUGUCAGGAAAGAAGAGGAAGGAAUUUAAAAGGUAAAAAGGUAUAUGUGUUUAAAAAUCCUAAAAUAAUUUUUAAGGUUAUAUUUUUUUUCUAAAAUUGUCUUUCUGAAAGUUAUAAGAAGCAAAGUAAAAAAAUAAAUGAAUAUUUUCUUGGAUUUUCAAAUUCUAUUUGAUUUUUGUCUCUCUUAGAAUUAAAAAUGUCCAGCAAAGCGAGACCAGCUUGCUAGUAAAUAAAUACAAUUAAAAAAAAAAAAUAGAGGCAGCUCACUGGUAAGUGCUGCUAUUUGAGCUAUUUUUAGAACAGGCCAGCGGGCGACUCAUCUGGUCCUUACGGGCGACCUGGUGCCCGCGGGCACCGCGUUGGUGACCCCUGGUGUAUAUGAACAUGAUGAUAAUUGCCCUCAAAGAGAUGUUGUAUAUGAACAUGAUGAUGAUAAUAAUCAAGUGUUUGGAUAGUCAAGCUCAGGCCUAAACCCUCAAACUCUUCUAGUCUCUUGUCAAAUGAAAGUCGUGUGUGUGUGUGUGUGUGUGUGUGUGUGUGUGUGUGUGUGUGUGUGUGUGUGUGUGUGUGUUUGAAGGUAAAGUUGUACAGUAUUUACUUCCUGACAUGUAUAUGAAGUAUUUUGUACAGAAUGUGUAUGGCUGCAUGUGCAUUUAUGCCACAAUACAAACACCAUGACCUAAAUAUUUUA